GAGCCCCGGCACCGCCCGGCUCUGGAAAACCCCGAUCUCUCGGGUCUUGCCUGGGACUCUCGGGAAAGCCGGAGAGCUGGGGAAUCCGCGGGGCCGUCGCGCCGGGGCAGGUCCGUCAACACCCGCGUUGCGAUGGGACCGACCAGUGCGGGCAGCUCGACCGGGGUUGUCGAAACCGGAUUGCUGGGAUCGCCCGGGGGAAACUCGGCAGGUAUCCUCCUUGGCCAGGAAAGAUUGUUAAUCCACCCAAGGAUUUGAAGAAACCACGUGGAAAGAAAUGCUUCUUUGUGAAGUUUUUUGGAACAGAAGAUCAUGCCUGGAUCAAAGUGGAGCAGCUAAAGCCAUAUCAUGCUCAUAAAGAGGAAAUGAUAAAAAUCAACAAGGGGAAACGAUUCCAGCAAGCUGUGGAUGCCGUGGAAGAGUUCCUCAGGAGAACCAAAGGGAAAGACCAGACAUCAUCCCACACUUCUGCUGAUGACAAGAGUCGGCGUAAUUCCAGUGAGGAGAGAAGUAGGCCAAACUCAGGUGAUGAGAAGCGAAAACUUAGCCUGACAGAAGGGAAGGUGAAGAAGAACAUGGGAGAAGGAAAGAAGAGGGUGUCUUCUGGCUCUACAGAGAGAGGCUCCAAAUCCCCUCUGAAAAGAGCCCAAGAGCAAAGUCCCCGGAAGCGGGGUCGGCCCCCAAAGGAUGAGAAGGACCUCACUAUUCCUGAAUCUAGUACCGUGAAGGGGAUGAUGGCCGGACCUAUGGCCGCGUUUAAAUGGCAGCCAACUGCAAGUGAGCCCGUCAAAGAUGCAGAUCCUCACUUCCAUCAUUUCUUGCUGAGCCAGACAGAAAAGCCAGCUGUUUGUUACCAGGCAAUCACAAAGAAGCUGAAAAUAUGCGAAGAGGAAACUGGUUCCACCUCCAUCCAAGCAGCAGACAGCACAGCUGUGAAUGGCAGCAUCACACCCACAGACAAAAAGAUAGGAUUUUUGGGCCUUGGACUCAUGGGAAGCGGCAUCGUCUCCAACUUGCUAAAAAUGGGUCACACAGUGACUGUCUGGAACCGGACUGCAGAGAAAUGUGAUUUGUUCAUCCAGGAGGGGGCCCGCCUAGGAAGAACCCCCGCUGAAGUUGUUUCAACUUGUGACAUCACUUUCGCCUGUGUGUCGGAUCCAAAGGCAGCCAAGGACCUUGUGCUGGGCCCCAGUGGUGUGCUGCAAGGGAUCCGCCCAGGGAAGUGCUAUGUGGAUAUGUCAACGGUGGAUGCGGACACAGUCACAGAGCUGGCCCAGGUGAUUGUGUCCAGGGGGGGACGCUUUCUGGAGGCCCCAGUCUCAGGGAAUCAGCAGCUGUCUAACGACGGGAUGUUGGUGAUCUUAGCAGCCGGAGACAGGGGCCUGUAUGAGGACUGUAGCAGCUGCUUCCAAGCUAUGGGGAAGACUUCCUUCUUUCUAGGUGAAGUUGGCAAUGCAGCCAAGAUGAUGCUGAUUGUAAACAUGGUCCAAGGAAGCUUCAUGGCCACCAUUGCAGAGGGCCUGACCCUGGCCCAGGUCACAGGCCAGUCACAGCAGACACUCUUAGACAUCCUCAAUCAGGGACAGUUGGCCAGCAUUUUCCUGGACCAGAAGUGCCAAAAUAUCCUACAAGGGAACUUCAAGCCUGAUUUCUACCUGAAGUACAUCCAGAAGGAUCUUCGCCUGGCCAUUGCGCUGGGCGAUGCCGUCAACCACCCAACACCAAUGGCAGCUGCAGCCAAUGAGGUAUACAAAAGAGCCAAGGCACUGGACCAGUCUGACAAUGAUAUGUCUGCUGUGUACCGAGCCUACAUACACUAAGUCGUCUGCACCCUCCCCACCCCUCUGAUCCUCCCUCAGCUCCCUCAGCCCCCUCUUCCCCAUGUGGGUUUGGGGUCCUGAGACUUAACUCUGGACCAGUCCACCUGUCUCCAUUUCCUUUUAUACAGACUUGAGACUCGCCAUCAGCACAGCACACAGCAGUGCCCCCUCCCUGACACCCUGGAGGGAGGGGUGUCACAGGAUUGGCUUGUGAGGAAGCUCUUGAUCCGGGCACUGCCCGGGACUAGGUGGUUAUAUGUAUACACACACAUACACGCUCUCACCCCAGGAUAGAAGCUGCCCAGAAACUGCUGCUGCCUGGCUUUUUUCUUCCAAGCUUGUCUUAUCAAACCCCUUCCAGUUGAGGAACUAGAAUCAGCAGAGGUUGCCAUUGUGUCCAUGUCCCUACCUGGACCCGUGCAGGGAAAGGCACAGGG